AUGGCGUACUACGAGGACCGUCGUUAUCGCGAGCCGCGCGACCGCUACACACGCCCAGCCAGUUAUAUUGAUCCGUAUGAUGAUCCUCGUGGCCGUUAUCGAAGACACGAGCGAGACUCAUAUGUACCCCGCGCCAGCGACGACUCCAUCGAGGAGGUACAGCGCGACUAUCCACCAGGCUCAGACUAUGCCUACGAGCGUUCGUAUGGCUCUCGGCGUCCGCGACGACCCGUCUACGAAAAUGUGCGCCGUGCCUCCUCCGUCAGCGGUUACGAUCCAUACAACGAUGCUGCCUACCGAAGUUCCGGUCCUCGUCGAUCAAGACACUACGAGGAUAAACGCUCCCGUCGCUCCAAAUACGAUUCCGAUUCUUCUCCAAGUCGCUCUCCACCCCGCCACAGACGUCGCAAGUCGUUCAGCGAGCAAGCCUUGGGUGCUCUAGGCCUCGGGGGUGCCGCUGCUUCUGCUAGCCGUGGAGACCGUGGUCGCGGCCGUUCCCAGUCCCGCCAUCGCAAUAGAUCAUAUUCGAGAUCAUCGUCUGAUUCGCGCAGUCGCAGCCGCCAUCGCGGCAGCAGAAAACGUGAUGGAGGCAGCAAACGCGAUAAGAGCGAGCAACGCAUCGCACAGGCUGCUCGUGCCGCCUUGACAGCCGGCGCAGUUGAGGCUUUCAAACAGCGCAAAGAGCCCGGAGAAUGGGCCGGUACGAAAGGAAAGCGCGUCCUCACUGCUGCUGUGACUGCUGGUGGCACCGACGGCCUUGUUGACAAGGAUCCUAGCAAGCACGGAACACGUCAUGUUGUCGAGUCCACGCUUGCAGGUCUAGCUGCCAGUCACUUCGUGGGUGGCGGUUCACGCUCACGAUCUCGUGGCCGAGAUGGUGGUCGCUCGUCAGGUGGUGGUGGAGGUCUCAAGAACCUCGCUGCCACUGGAGCCAUUGCUGCUGCCGGAAAGGAAAUCUUUGAUCGAUACUCAAAGUCUCGAUCUCGGCCUCGCGGCCGCGACCAUUCCCGUGACAGCGAUGAGGAAGAGCGUGGCUCCCACAAACGCAGCAAGAGCGUUUCGGAGUACAUUAACAAGGGCAUCGCCGCCCUGGGACUUGGAGAAGAAGAAGACCGUCACCGCGACAGCAGGGACGAUCGCAAGGAGCAUCGUCGGGAGUAUCGGGACGAUCGAGAGAGACGUCAUCACCGGGGACAUCGACACGACGACUAUUCGGAUUCAGAUGCGGACAGUGAUUAUUACAACAGGGACUCGAGACGGGGCAAAAGCUCGAGAGAUGUAGGUCGACACCGUUCAUUGGACGGAACAAACCCACCCCCAUAUGCACCCAGCCGCGCAUCGCGCGGUGAAUCAGGUGCCGGUUCUAAGGACCAUGGCCACGCGUCGACCUCCGAGAGUGAUUCUGACCUAGGUUCCAGUUCUGAUGAAAAGAAGCAACGCAAGAAGUUGCAGCGGGAUAUGCUGAUUACGGGAGGUCUGGCCAGUGUGGCUACCAUCCACGCUGCGCACGGCCUCUACGGUAGCAUGGAGAAGAGGAAAGAGCGAAUGCAGCAGUUGAAAGAGGGAGAGAUUACGCCCGAAGAGGCUCGCAAACGACGCAUGAAAGCUAACACCAAGGAUGCUGUAAGUAUCGGUCUUGCUGCGCUCGGUAUCAAGGGUGCCUAUGGUGAAUGGAAGGAGGUUAUGGAGAAGCGAAAGGAAAAUACCACGUUCCAAGAGGAAUGUGUUCAACGCGCUGCUAGGCGUGAGCGUCGUCGUGCUCGUAGCCAGGGUGCGCCUUCUUGUCAUCGCUGGCCUGAUGAGAUUGAAUAUGCACAGUCGACGAACGAAUCUCGGAGCGAUCAUACCCCUGCUUAUCGUAAUGGGAAUCCUUAUGGGGCUUAUGAGCCAGCGCAGAUCUCUUACUAG